AUGAGAUCUGAGCUUCUUAUUUCGGUAGCUCAACUUCCAACCAUCCGAGAAGACACAGAGGCAAAUUCCCAGUGUGGGGCAAAUGGAACCGAUAUGCAUACAGCUAAUGGGCUAGAGGAGUAUGUAAAAUCAAUUCAAACGCUGGCCCAGCCAAGUUCAAUAACACAUUCAGAACAGCAAGGCCAGGUUAAGAGCCUGCGACAUACCAGAGUACGUUACAGGUUAUCAAGGGGCAGUGAAGGGAAAGUUCUAUCCGCAUCACAGGACAGCACACGCUGUGCCAACAUACUAUCCCUGCAAAUGAACACGGACCCACUAGCCUGGCUAUACAGACAAAGCGGGAAGGAAAAUCUAGAUUGUGUUGAACCAUCUGAAACAAGCCGUGUAAGCCUGCAAUCAGCCAUUCCCAUAAGCCUAUAUAAAGCAUCGGUGUCCUCUUCUAGGAGACAACUGUGCAUCAAAGACCAGGGCAGUGAGAUACAGAGGCCACAGGAAAAACGAAGCAGGUCUCAGCGCAUCUCAAAGAAAUGCAGAGGACGUGGGCCAAUCAGCAGACUUCAAAAUCCACAGCUUCCUGUUAUAUACGAGUUAUGAUAUUCCAUUGACUUCGAUAUCUAAUGUGCAAUGUUAAAUUAUUUAUUUAUCAGACUUUCUCUACCUUAGAGAGUGGCA